GCGGGAGUUGGACAAAUUUGCUCCACCUUUUAUCUGCCUUACCUACCUAACUUAAUUCAUUCUCAUUUCACUUCUUCCUCUUUCUUACACUCUCUCUCUUCUAAACUUACAUUAAAACAUACAUACAUAAUACAUUACCUAAAUAAAUACUUCUAUAUAUUUUGAAGCAGUUGAAACUCAGCAAAAAUCUCUCAACUAUUCAUCACGCAAAAAACAGAGAAUAAAACUGGUGGAACAAAAAAAAUAGUCUUAAUUUAUCAUAAGGUUUGAUGAUUAAGCUAAUAUGACCAAGAUUAAAGGUAUAAUCAUCUUUGUUCUUAGGCUUAUAGCUUUGGCAGCUACUGUUAUAUCAACCAUUGUAAUGGGUACAGCCCAUGAUUCUGCUUCAGUCUUAAACUUCAAAUUUGAAGCUAAAUUCACUAAUUCUCCUUCAUUCAAGUACUACGUGAUUAUAUAUGCAAUUGUAAGCUGCUAUUCUCUGGCAGUUCUUUUGCUUCCGUCUAAGAGCUUGCUAUGGCGCUUCAUUCUGGUUCUAGACAUGGUGAUGACACUACUUAUGACUUCAAGUUUAUCAGCAUCAAUGGCAGUUGCAUAUAUUGGAAAGAAAGGGAAUAGCCAUGCAGGGUGGUUCCCAAUUUGUGGGCAAGUCCCCAAGUUCUGUGAUCAGACCACAGGUGCCCUCGCCGCCGGCUUCGUCGCUGCUAUCAUCUACCUUGUGCUCCUUUUCUACUCCCUUCAUGCUGCUCUUAGUCCUCUUUUUCCUGUAAACACCUAAGACAUAUAUAGCUAGCUAGAUUUAGUUCAUGUAAUCGUGUAGUAUGCAUGCAUGUUUAGUAACUUACUUUGAGUUAUUAAUUAGAUACUCCCACAUUUUCAUGUAAUUUUGACUAUGGUAGAUAUUUUGUUGGAAGAGAUUAUAUUAAUAAUCCGU